UAAUUAUUCACGAGUAGGCGUGUCUCCCAGAGGCCCCAUCUUCCUCAUACAAAAAACUGCAUGUAAACUACGCAAGACAGACGCAGGCUGGAGGAGCAUAUGGCGGCGACGGAGACCAGCUUAAGCCCGGCGGUGGAGUCGGUGGUGCCGGCUUGUAUGUUCGCACCUGACCCGGACUGCGCGGAGGAUUCGCCCGGCGCUGAGGGCAGCGACGCCGGCGACAACCAGAACGGGGAAGCCGAGGAUCAUUUAGACCUCACCAGCAAGUUUGCACUGGUCAGCCCUACAGGAGAGCAGUAUGACUGUUUACAAAAGCAGCUGCGAGAACGAAUAGAGGAAGGAUGCGGAGAAACCAUCUAUGUGGUUGGGAUGGGAACAGACGGCGGUGAUUAUGGUCUGGAUGAGCGCGAUAUGGAAGCAUCUGUCGCUACAGUGCAGUCACUUUGUGAACAGGUUGACACCGACCUGAUUCUGCUGAGAGAGAGGACAGAGACGGCAGGAUGUGUCCGCGAUUAUCUCAUCCGGCGCCGCGUGGGAGAGGCCGACUUCCUGGAAGUCAGAGUUGCGGUUGUAGGUAAUGUAGAUGCUGGUAAAAGCACACUUUUGGGUGUCCUAACCCACGGCGAACUCGACAACGGUCGCGGAUUCGCUCGCCAGAAGCUGUUCCGCCACAAACACGAGAUGGAGAGUGGCCGGACCAGCAGCGUUGGCAAUGACAUCCUGGGUUUUGACCAGGAAGGGCAUGUGGUCAAUAAACCGGACAGCCAUGGGGGUAGCCUGGACUGGAUCAAAAUCUGCGAGAGGUCGUCGAAGGUCAUCACUUUCAUCGACUUGGCGGGCCAUGAGAAGUACCUGAAGACCACCGUAUUUGGCAUGACUGGCCACCUACCGGAUUUCUGCAUGCUAAUGGUGGGAAGUAACGCGGGAAUCAUUGGCAUGACUAAAGAGCACCUAGGUCUCGCUCUGGCCCUCAAUGUUCCUGUUUUUGUAGUUGUAACCAAGAUAGACAUGUGUCCCGCUAACAUCUUACAAGAGACGCUUAAGUUAUUACAGAGGUUACUCAAGUCUCCAGGAUGCAGAAAAAUUCCAGUUUUGGUGCAAAACAAGGAUGACGUCAUUGUUACCGCCUCAAACUUUAGCUCAGAAAGGAUGUGUCCAAUUUUCCAGAUCUCGAAUGUGACGGGUGAAAACAUGGACUUGUUGAAAAUGUUCCUGAACCUGCUGUCUCCCAGAACGACAUUUAAAGACGACGAGCUGCCAGAGUUUCAGAUUGAUGACACAUAUUCAGUGCCGGGUGUAGGUACUGUAGUAUCAGGGACUACUUUACGUGGAUUAAUACGGCUGAACGACACACUGCUCCUCGGUCCAGAUCCUCUGGGCGUUUUCAUCCCCAUCACCGUCAAAUCCAUUCACCGCAAGCGCAUGCCUGUUAAAGAAGUGCGCGGUGGGCAGACGGCCUCGUUCGCCCUGAAGAAGAUCAAGCGCUCAUCGAUCAGAAAGGGAAUGGUGAUGGUGUCGCCACGCCUCAACCCACAGGCAUGCUGGGAGUUUGAGGCAGAGAUUCUCGUACUACACCAUCCGACGACGAUAUCGCCAAGAUACCAAGCUAUGGUUCACUGUGGCAGUAUCAGACAGACGGCCACCAUCAUCGGUAUGAACAAAGACUGUUUACGGACCGGGGACAAAGCCACCGUACACUUCCGUUUCAUCAAGACCCCCGAGUACUUUCACACGGACCAGAGGCUCGUCUUCAGAGAGGGCAGGACCAAGGCCGUGGGCACCAUCACUAAGCUGCUUCAAAGCAAGCCUCAGGCCAAGAUGCAGUCUACCAAGAAAACCUCAUCACAGGUGGAAGGCUUUUCGUCAGCCAGCGAGGAAACCACACAGAUGGGAGGAAGCCCUCAAAUGGGACAACUGUUGAAGUCUGGUGGAAGUGGUCGACGGCGUGGUGGCCAACGGCACACAGGGAAAUCAGCACAGAGCAGCACUGGAACGACUGCUUCAGCAGCUGGAGUGGGUGGCAACUGAGCCUCCUCCAUCUCUGCCACCCAUCACUACUGGUCAGCUGCCUUUAAUGUUUUAAAUGAACACCAGAGGGCAGUAAAGUCUUUUUUUCUUUCUUUUUUCUUCUCUCACUAAACCAGACUGAGCUAUUUCUCCCUAAUUAGAAAUGUUCAUCUCAGCUGACACAAUCGUGCCAAAACCCUGACUGACAAGCGGCUGUUGUGUUCCUCGUCCACCCGCUCUUUUUUUUUUUCACCCUUAUCAAACCCUUUUUAGGUAAUCUGUUGGAGUCUCAACAUCCUGUAAUAAACACCCUGAAAUCCUGGAUUUUGUAGCCGGAAUGUUUCCCAGAGGACCCAAUUAAGGAGCCUACGACUGAAUCCCUGUUUGUGUUAAGCAAUUUUGCUAUUUUUCAUGUCAUUUUCCUCCUUCAAUUGAAUUUGGCAAAUGCUAACGCAGAUGAAAGGGAGGAAUCUGUUCUGCUUGUCAAUCUCUCAUGCCCCCUCAUCCUCUUCUGAUUUUAAAGAGUGUUAUAGCUGCCGAGAUGCACAAAAUCACGGCAGAUAAAACCGGUCCCUCUCGGAGUGUCACAAAUUAGGUGGCUUUCUUCGCUCCCGUGUUGCUUUUUCAUUUUGUGACCCAGCAUUACUUUCAAAAGGUCUCACCUUUUCAACAGAGACUUUUUUUUUUUUUUUGCGUAGAACGGGAAGCUAACUGAGAUGACAUAUGGCAUAUAGUUCGGAUUUCUUUUGUCGCUUUCUCAUUAAACCAUAUUUUCUGUCUAUUCUUAUUUAUUCUAAACUCUUUUUAAUUUAAUUUUCCUGUGCAAGACACUUUUGACCCAAUCAAAGCGAGAGUAGACCUUGAAUAAAUUCAAAUAAAAUGACUAAUUCGCCCAAAAAUGACAACUCUGCCAUCAUUUAUCCACCGUUCCAAACCAGUAUGACAAUUUUAUUUUUUUUUGUGGAAGAG